AGAGCUUCCGCCAUAUUGUCUGUAGUCUCAAAAUGCAUGUGUAGACCUUCUCGUCACUUGGAAACCAAUAAGGUGGCCUGGUCUGUGGGUGGAAUUGAAUUGCCACGUGUCUGGAAGUUUGGAUAUAGCAAUAUAUUUGACACAGACCAAGACGGAAGAGAUAUUUACAAGAAAGGAUCUGACACUUUAAGUAGGAAAAGGCUGGGAACUGCCCUGGGCUCCCAGACUCCUUGGGGCCCCAAAAGCCCCAGGUUCUCAUAGUGACAUUUAGUUUAACGUAGUUUGAAAAAAAAUGAACUCAAAGUCCACUUACUAGUUUUCUGUGGAGAUUUCAACCAUGGUGGAGUUGUCUGUCUGAAACAGCCUGGAAAAACUAACAACACAAGACAUAUGAGGACGUCACCUUGGGGUUUGGGAAACACUGAUCGACAUUAUUCACCAUUUUCUGACAUUUUAUAGACCAAACAACUAAGUGAUUAAUUGAGAAAAUAAUCGACUUUAUUAGAUUAUUAGACAAUGAAAAUAAUCGUUAGUUGCAGCCCUAGUUACACACAUACUACACUAUUUCUGUUACCAUUGCAAUUAGGAUAUGAGCAGACAGAAAGCAGACAGUCCAGCUACCAUAUCUAGAAACAGGAACUGGCUGAAGAACAAAUGACCCAUCAAACAUGUACAUGUUGAUGGAGGCCCAAACAAACUCCUAGUGAUGUAGCGAUGUAAAAGCAGCAUACAACAUUUCAAAUAUUUUUUCAAAUGCAAAGUGGUUGAUGUAAACGGGACAUUAUCUGAAGUUUCAACUAUUGAGUGUGGAGUCCCGCAGGGUAGUGUUUUGGGUCCUCUUGUCUUUUGAAUGUAUACGAAUGAUUUUAAGAAAUUUUUCCAGAUGAUUGUGCUUUACUAAUGUCUUACAAAGAUAAAACAUGGGUCUAACAGUCUCUAAGUAAGGCUCUUUAAAAUUAAAGCAUUUGGCUAUGUAUUAUCCAUCCACCUUUGAAAGACAGAAGCUAUCCUCUUUAUUUGUAAAAGGAAACUCAGACUUCCGAGUUUACGUUUAAAACUGUGAAAUCUUUGAUUACCAAUAAAAACUGUGUAACAUAUCUAGAAUGUGACUUGCACCAAUAUCUAUGAGUACAUUUUUUUCUAAGGUGAACAUUUUUAGCCAGUAAAGCCACAUUCUUAGAUAGGUCAACUGUACAUAUUCUUGCUGAAACUCUGGUUCAAGGUCACUUUGACUGUGCUGCCACCUUCUGGUAUAAAGGAAGUUACAAAAACAACAAAAACAAAUAAUAAUGAGAGUGAUUUUAACUCUCGCCAGUGUAUUUAUGGAACUAGGUUUCUCUGAUAAAAGAUACUAACAGCUAUCCCACACAUGACUUAAUACAACAAAUUAAAUACUAUUUCAUUUUAAGAGUUUGAUAGGUUAAAAAAACACUUCUUUAUUCUGCUGCAGUACAAAGAAAUAAGCUUUCUACAAGUCUAAAGUGGAUCACAUCAGAGUGCAUCUUCAAAAUGGCCUUUAAAAGAUGGUUUAUAAGCUUAGCCACUAAGUGUGUGUGUUGUACUGGCCGCGUGUUUGACUGGUGUUAUGGUUUAGUGCUGUGUUAUGUGUUUAAUGCUGGAGGACCACAAUGGAAAUAAUACUUUAGGUUUUCUUGUGUUUUUAUCCCUGAUGAUUGUAGGUGCUGUUGUGCAGAAUUCUAGUAUUUUUAAUCAUCAAAUAUGUUAAAUGAAUCAAUCAACACUGGUUGAUCACUUCCAGUAAUACAAAACCAUUCCCAUUUAGUUGCAGCAGUAAACAGCAUCCUCUGUAGGCAACUGUAAUUAGAUUAUAACAGUCAUUAUAACCACUCGUUCUUCCAGGUAGGCUCUGGAUUUGAAUGUAAUCUGGGAUUUGGUGGUUCAGUGCUGAGUGGUGCAGAAACCCAGGAACUAGCCUGCAGUUACCUUACAUACAAUACCAUGUGCUAGCUAGCGGGACAGACAGCGAGUGUAUGUGAGAAAGAGAGAUUAUGUGGAUAGUUAUGUAAUGCUCGGCCGUAACUGUCUGGUAAUUACAGGUGUGCCUGAAGGAUUAUUGUUUGCGAACUGAGAGACCAUUUUCAGACGUGCACUGUGUUAUUUUCAAGGACUGUGCUUGGUGUAAUGGCAGUAGCCUAACAGUUUGAAAAUCAGAAAGUAUGUUGGUUAAAAUUUCAUGACUGCCCAGUAACAUCUCUGUCAGACACUGUGGAAGUGGUUUAAAGUACUUUUGAGCAAGACAGUGCAGCCUGCUUGUGUGUAUGAGCUGAAACCUUCUUUACAGCUUUAACUGCUGCAUAAAAAGGAAAUAAAAUUGGGAAACACAAUCAAAAGAAAAGUGGUUAAAAUGAAAUUAAAUGAAAAUAUCUUAAUUAGCCAACAAUCCUGUGCUAUUAUGUAAACACCCCACCUGAAUUCUGUCAGUCACAAACACCUACUCCUCACCCAGGUGUACGCUCAUGUGAGUUAAGCUCAUCUCGUCAAUCGCUUUUUAUUAAUACAGGAUUACAUUUAUUCUCAAUCCCAAACUCACACACACACUCCACGGGCUCCUCACAAAAGCACUCGCCCUGUCUGCCAAGGACCGUCAAAGGUAGCAAGGCAGUCAGGUAGCUGUGUGCCACCAGCUGGAGUCCGAGGAGUUUCACCCUUUUUGAAUGUCACAAGCCCAUGGAGGCCUGCUGUUCAUCUGGCUGCUAACAGAGGCUUCACCAGACAACAGGUGGAUUUCUAUCAGACAAGAAUACACUGCAGCUUUGUAAACCCAGUUUCAUGAAGAUGUUUCCUUGGUCCGCUGUUUUCUCCCUUGAGCCCAAAGUGCCCGGUCAGCGCAGCACUGAGGAACUGGUUACCAAUACUCUGAUGUUAGAGUUGGGAGCCAUGGUGAAGCGCACUGAACGCAUCCGUUUGGAGCGGGCGUCAGAGGGUCGGCGCCGUCGUCGCAGCUCCUCCUCCACAGCUGACUACAGCUGGCUGGCCAACACCCCGACCCCACAGCCCUACGAGCUGACACCCAACGACCUGCUGGAACUGCAGGACCUCUGUGGCAAGAUCCCUCCUGCCCAGUGUGGCCCUGUGAUCGUCAGGUUCAGGAGGCUGGUGUCGCAGAUGGAGCCUGAGGUUCAUGAUGUUCCCCGGAUGUUUCGCUCAGUGCUACGCGACUGCGUGGACGAGAUGAACGGAAAUGAAGACGCGCAGAUGCAGGACACUGCCACUGAGAAACAGCAGCGCAGCAAGAGCCUCUCUUUUGUUACUUUCCGCACCAAGUUCCGCACGGGUCAUUUCUUCAAAGGCAGCGGCAUGACAGGCUCCAGGGGGAAUCUGCAGCAGGAUAUGGAUUGGUCCGACGAGGAGGAUGGAGAAGGGGAGGACGAGGCCAUCAAGGCCAGGGCGAGGAAGGGAAGGAGCAGGAGCAUGCCAGAGAUCAGCCCUAUGGAGCAGAGUGCCCAUGGUUGAGAGAAGGGAGGGAGAGAGUUAGGGGAGAGACAAUGCGGAGAAGAUGGUGGGAGGCAGAGGAGGAGCACAUGUAGAGGAGUUCUGGUAGGGGAAGAAAAUGAGGAGUAAGAGAAGGAGAUAAAGUGAGCACACAUAGUGAUGGGUCAGCAUACUGUAAAUAUGGGGAGGAGAGAAAAACAGGGAAUGUUGAGAGAGGAGGAAGGGUAGCAUUCAAAAAGGGGACAGAAUAGAUUUGAAAUGUUCUCGUUUGUAAUCAUUUGGCCUCUUUCAAAAGGAGGAGAAAAGUCUUGAGAGUGGGCUUAGAGUGAUUUCUUGACUUUCAGGAAACAUGUCUAAUUGCUAAUGAACUUAAAGUCUUUAGUCCAUUCCAAAAGCAUUAUUGUUUUGGUUUUAAGAUCCUGAAACAUGUGGUUAGCAUUUUGUUGUGCUGACAGGUACAAACGUGUUAAAACAAGACUUAGUCUACAGCCAUGCUAGCUGAUUUGAGCUAAAUGCUAAUGUCAGCAUGCUAACAUGCUCACAAUGUCAAUGCUAACAUGUUUAGCAGGCCUAAUGUUUAUCAUGUUCACCAUCUUAGUUUAGUGUUAGCAUACUAACAACUGCUAAUUAGCACAUGCUGCUAGCACGGCUAAAAACUAAAAUGUGUUGCAUGGGGUGUUGUUGAGUAAACUGCAUUGCUAAUCUUCACGUUUCAGGUAUCCUUAAAGACAAACAGCUAAUACAAGCCACAGCAGCUCCUGAUGAAUCAUAUGCUUGUCAUGAACUGUCCCUUUAAAAACAUGUUAUGCAACAGACAGGACAGCUGUCUUCUGCAGUAGAUGGGGGAGUUCAGCUAAGGCCACUCAUCUGUAUAUUCAGCAGUCAGAAUCACCUGCUCAGUUAGGAGGUGCUCUCAUAGUGCAUCCAUCAAGCAAAUCCUUUCAAGCAGGGAAUUACUAGAAUCAUCUGUAAUCUUAUUUUUUUUUAUUGUGAAUAUAUGUAUUUGGGGAAAUAAAUCUAAAAUGUUCUUAUCACUUCUAUGUUGUUAAAACAGUUGUUUUAACAAAGAUGUUUUUUUAUUUAAAUUUAGGUACAGUUGCGUAACAUCUGAGAGUAACUGUGAAUGGAUUUUGGCCCAUUGAUAUCUGUUAAGUGUACAUUUUUCAAGUCUAGUUGCCGUGAAGCCUUUCUACAAAAGGCAUGAAAGAUGCAUGGACCUUUAUCACUUUAUUGUGGUUGAAAAGGCAGAAUAUUUAUAUGUAAUUCUGUCUGGGGCCUGUACGGUGAUAAAUAAAUAAAUAAAUAUGUC